GUAGAGUUCACCGUUUCUGCCCGUCGAGGGAUGCCCUGGCAACAUUUGAAAACAAUCGAUCCAGCUAGCCUAGAGGUUUCUAUUGGUAAAGGUUCUCUUUUCGGCACCGAAGCAGCGGAAAGAAUGAUGUACUCGGCAGCUCCACAGCGCGCCUCGGCAGCGAACGCAGUCGGUACGGACGUCUGCUCGAAGGACUCUCCCCCUGCAGCCUUCUUCACCAAAGCCAUGAGCAGCAAUAGCAGCAGCCUCUUCUCCGAUGCUUCCGUGCAUGAGCCUGACCCGACGGAUGCCCUCGCGAAGGAAUCGCAAGAACAGGAGCGUCUCGACGCACAACGCGUCAAGGCGGCUGAAGUGGCUGCCCUCAACGCCUCCGCAGCAGCCAACUGCGCGGAGACGGAGGCGGCGUUGCGGCGUACCACGCAAGAGGCACAUCGAGCGCUGCAGACGGCCCACACCGUCACCGCUGCGCUCGCCACGCAGGAUGAGACGAUCGCCGCGGUGGAGACCGCCAUGCGGGAGAGUGAGCGAGAGUGGCAUCAUGGCCGCAAGGAAAUGCGACGCAUGCGGCACUGGUACGUUGCCUUGGCACACUGGCUGCGCUGUGGUGGCUCCGCGUCCUUUCGCAGUGUUGCCGCGAAGGAGGACAGGAAGGCUCUCGUAAGCAACACGCAUCCAAUGCACUCCGUCGCGGAGAAGCGCGGCAUGCGUACCGACUUCACCGCGGUGCUAAAGGCAACGGCAGACGAGCCGCUGCAUGGCGAGGGCGCUCUCGUCGGCGCCUCCCGUGGCGCUGCAGAUCGUGCCCGGUCCACCGACUCUACUCCGGUGCCUGAUGCCGCGGCAGAUACAGUGGGAAAGUGCGGCCAUCGUCGACGCGGUCAAGGCGAGACAACGGAGGUGCCUUCUUCUUCGUCCCCCGCCGCUGCCGCCCGAUCCACUCGCCUGCGUGGCGUCCUGUUGGAGAACGAAAGCACUCCCUCUCUCACGGGGCAGCAGCAGCGGGCUGACAUGGAGCUGUGCGAUCGCAUAGAGCCCGGGAUAGUGGAGGUGCGUCAACUUGUGAAGGAGAUGCACGAGCAGGCGCUGCUGCACAAUGAAAUGCUGACAGCUCACAUCGAUCGCCUUGACAACGCGAACGCGCAGACAGAAAGGACGACUGCGAAAAAUGUUGCUGUGGUGCAGAAGCGCUGA